CCCGAACAGGUAGCACGUAAAAAUGAGUCCUUACUACGGAUUGUACGUUGUUCUAGGAUUAGUGUUCAAAUUGGCGGAGAUUGUGAUUCGGGUAUUGAAAGUGAAUUUAUUGAUGAAAUCCUUAGAAGCACGUUUCGGAAACUUUAUUAUUGGCCUCAAUGACAGCCGACCGAAGGAAUCUGCACCUAAGGAUAGUGUUAGUAAAACUGAAAUCGAUCAUCUUGCAAAAAUGGUUCACUGCUGGUGGGACAAAAAUGGGCCAGCAAAGAUGCUGCACACGUUCUAUCAAGUUAGAGUACCACUCGUGGUCAAUGGUCUAGUUGAAACUGGACGAAUCGCCAAAGGGGAUGCAUCUAAAGUUGACUCUCUGGAUGGAGUAAGAAUUCUAGAGGCCGGCUGUGGCGGUGGUGUAUUGGCCGAAGAUUUAGCCCAAUUUGGUGCCUACGUUGUAGGAGUUGACCCUGGAAUAGAAAUGAUCGAUUUGGCCAAGAAGCAUUUAGAUACGGAAUCAGUCGAUCUUAAGGAUCGCAUUGAGUAUCACACAACCACUGUUGAAGAACAUGCUAAGAAAUUUGCUGGCACAUACGACGCAGUUGUGUGUUCCGAAGUAAUGGAACACGUUGAUGAAAAAGAAUCCAUACUGGAGGCAUGUGUUAGCUGCUUAAAACCUGGAGGAUCGCUGUUUAUUACUACCGAGAGCCAAACCAUGCUGGCAUGGUUUUUCUUUAUCAUCAUAUCCGAGUAUAUUCUUCGAUUCAUUCCAAAAGGAACCCAUUUUUAUGAAAAAUUCGUCUCAGCUGAUACUAUUUCGAGUAUCAUUAGCAAAUACGGAUGUGUCACGCAUAAAGUCCAUGGGUUCUUUUACGAUCGUCCGAUCAAUACGUGGUAUUUCAUAAACAAUCAAGACUGCAACUAUGGAUUACAUGCUGUAAAAAAUAAAUAAAAUAAAAUCCAUCAAACAACA